GGCGACCUGCACCGCGCGCACGACGCGAGCUACAGCCCCUGCGUGGCCAACGUGUACAACUUCCCGUCCGCCUUCCUCUUCUUCAUCGAGACCGAGGCCACCAUCGGCUACGGGCACCGCUACAUCACCGAGCGCUGCCCCGAGGGCAUCGUGCUCUUCCUCUUCCAGUCGCUGCUCGGCUCCAUCGUGGACGCCUUCCUCAUCGGCUGCAUGUUCAUCAAGAUGUCCCAGCCCAAGAAGCGGGCCGAGACGCUCGUGUUCAGCCGCGCCGCCGUCAUCUCGCGGCGGGACGGCAAGCUCUGCCUCAUGUUCCGCGUGGGCAACCUGCGCAACAGCCACAUGGUGUCCGCCCAGAUCCGCUGCAAGCUCAUCAAGUCCCGACAGACACCAGAAGGGGAAUUCCUGCCAUUAGAUCAAUGUGAGCUGGAUGUUGGAUUUGGAACUGGAGCUGACCAACUGUUUUUAGUUUCUCCGUUAACAAUAUGUCAUGAAAUCAACUCAAAAAGCCCCUUUUUUUGUCUAUCACAAAGAUCACUGAGAAGUGAGCAAUUUGAGAUAGUGGUCAUCCUUGAGGGGAUUGUUGAAACUACUGGAAUGACAUGCCAAGCUAGGACCUCCUACACAGAGGAUGAAGUCCUCUGGGGCCAUAGAUUUCUCCCUGUAAUGUCCUUAGAGGAUGGCUUUUUUCGUGUAGAUUACUCUCAGUUUCAUGCCACAUUUGAAGUCCCCACUCUGCCUUACAGUGUAAAGGAACAGGAAGAAAACUUGUCUCUACCAUCCCCUUUGGAUACUCCCAUUGGUAACAAUAGAAGCAGAAGGGAACAGAUCUUCUCUCUUGACUGCAUUGAUAUGUUAGAAGAGAAAAACAAGCUUCCUAAUAAACUUCAGAAAAUUUGUUCAACAAAGGAAGACCUUCAGAAAAGAGUCCUGAGAAUGAGUUCCAGCAAUGUAGAGAAAGCUUGCAGCACUGGAGAUCUCUUAAAAAUUCAGCAAGUAAGUUCUACGCCCAGCAGUGAAGAUGAUGAUGGAAGAAUACAUCUAAAGGCUUUUAAAAUCAAACCCGAGAACUUGACUCAGUCUACUGGAAAUCUUCAGUUCCAGCAAAAGUCUCCGGGUAUGCUCACCUUGGGGUCAAGGCUAGAGGAUAAUCUUCCUGCCAAACUUCGGAAAAUGAAUUCUGAUCGCCUCUCCUAAAUAAUAAAUGCAACAAGAGCUGUUGUAAAUAAACUGCAUUUGUAACUUCUGAAUUAUUUUGGAGUACUACUGUGAUAAUUUGGUUUUGCCAAAAGAUUCUUCAUAAUUAACACAUUUGAAAAUUAUUUGGUGUUUUUGUAUGAAUCUGAUAUGUGUAGUAGCAUGGUGAUUGUAAAGGGUGCUGUAAAGUUAGUUCAUUUUGCCAAAUAGGUGUCUGUCCUAAAGAUAUUUGCAGUGUUCCAACAUCAGUUUGGUUUAGUCUUCCAUCUUUCCAGCAUUCUUUCAAAAUAAAUGAGAAAACAGGUCUUUACCUAGGGCUAAAGUGUAUAGAAUACUGGUUGGGUAUGAGACGGUGCAAAGACAGCAUAAAGUCCACCUUCAUGCUCUCUUGAUGUUUGGGCUGCUGAGUACCAUGUUAGCAAGUAUGCCCAGGUCCAUGUAAGUUACAGGAGCCCUCUAUCUAGUCUAAUUUACAUCAGUGUUUAACACCCUUAAGAGACAAAGUUCAGAUUAUAUUCCACCUAAUAAGCAUGUAGGAUUUAGGGUAUGGAUGAACAUAUCUGUAGAAGAUUCAAAUGGGAAAGGAAUUCUGUUCAGGAGCAUAUAUAUGAGCUGUUACACUCUUAACUGCUACGCGUGCAUGAGGCUAUAGCUAUGCAAGUGUAGCAAGCCCCCUCCAACUUUAAUCCUGCUUCAUCCAGUAGCUCAUUUGUAUGGCAUCAGGCUCAGACACCUAUAACAGUUAGCUCAUUUGGAUGCUUUGUGCAGGAUGCAUGCAGUGGCGCAAGCCCCUGCCCUCCCCCCACCCCAAUGAGCUGCCCGAGGCUCCAAGAGUCCUACAACCUGGCCAGGGCCCCAUUCACCCCUGCCUUUGCCUCUGCCCCACUCCCUCCCAUACUGUGGGGGCCUCAAUCUGCCCUCCCCCAAGCCUUCCCCUUCACAGAGUAGGCUGGCUGCUGUGCU